AUGACCAAGACUGUUGAUGAAGCUAAGGUUCUUAUUGAGAAUCUUGCAGCUAGUGAUUGUAACAACUGUCCUGAUUAUGACCGCUCAAGCCGCACCACUACUAGCUCCCCUGAUUCUUUUCAAAUGACUGAACUCAAGAACAUGAUGGCUCAAGUUCUUAAGGGACAGCUCAAGCAUAUCAAUGCAAUAGAAGGGAUGAGUGAUGCUAAUGAAGACCCAUCAAGAGAAUGCAUGGGAGAUUUCUCUAAUGAAGCCAAUGAAGAAGAUGUGAACUACAUUGGAAACUAUGGGAACAAGGGAUACAAUCCAAGCUAUCGCCCAAACCCCAACAUGUCUUAUAGAAACCCCAAUGUGGAGAAUCCUCAAGACCAAGUGUAUCCUCCAAGGUAUCCACAACAACAAAGACCUCCUUACCAAUCUCAAGGAAGUCAAUUUCAGCCAAGGCAAGGUAUGAGCAGAGAUCAUCAUAUCCGCCCAAGGAGCCAUAUGCUUCUUCACCAAAUCAAGCUCCUCCAAACCAACAAGGUGGGAGAUUUGAAGGAAUCCUCCAACAGAUCAUGGAUGGCCAGAAAGAGGAAUAAAGAGAUGUAUGAGAAGAUGGACACUUUGUUCAGCAAUCUCAACACCAAGUAUGAUGCUGUUGCCACUCAUGUGAAGAAACUAGAGACUCAAGUCACCAAACUAUGGAAGCUGUUAAGAGACAGGAAGCUGAAUCCAAGAAGUCCUUUUGCAACUCAGCCGCCAUAG